AGCAGGGAGAGAAGUGAGGAGAGAAAGGUGGUUCAGCCUCCAUCCGGGCAGAAAAGAUUCAGGACAGACAGAAGUGAGAGGCUGGUCAAGUUUGGGAAGAGAAAGUUAGGCUAAAAAGAAGUGUUCUGUGCAGGCAUCAUACUACAAAUGGAAUAAAAGGGAACGAGGGAUUAGUUUAUGAUCCAAUCAGAGGUGAGGAUUAGAAGUUUCAGGAGUCAACCCAGAAAUCCCAGGGGUUCUGUGAUGAUGAAGAUUGAAGAAAAACAUGCAGGCAGUGGGAGCCUGGUAGGAAAGACUCAGCUGCCCCUGGGGGAGAAGCAUCAGGCAAACGACAAGCCAGAAGCAAACGGGAAAGCACAGGUCUCCCCAAAGCAGGAGGCAGAUGGGAACGGAGACACACCUAGAAAGAGCCUCAACUUGUACAGUUGGCAGGAGAUCCAGAGACACAAUCAGGAGACCGACCAGUGGCUGGUGAUCAAUCGCAAGGUCUACGAUGUUACUAGCUGGGCAGACCGACAUCCAGGCGGCCGGCGGGUUCUCAACCACUACGCGGGGGAAGAUGCCACGGAUGUCUUCAGAGCCAUGCACCUGGAGAUUGACAUUGCACGAUUGUACCUUAAGCCACUGCUCAUUGGAGAGCUUGCCCCAGGAGAGCCCAGCCAGGAGAGAAACAAAAACGCCCAGUUGGUGGAGGAUUUCCAAGAACUGCGGAGGACAUUAGAGGCUAUGAACAUGUUCAGUGCCAACCUGGGGUUCUUUUCCCUUCACCUCAUCCAGAUCUUGAUUUUGGAAGCGCUGGCUUGGCUAAUGCUGUGGCAUUUUGGCAAUGGCUGGCCAAUUACAAUAUGUAUUUCCUUUCUUCUCACAAUUUCUCAGGCCCAGAGUUCAUUUUUGCAGCAUGACACAGGUCAUCUUUCCAUAUUUAAGAAGUCCAAGUGGAACCACCUGAUGCACAGAUUUGUGAUGUGUCAUCUCAAGGGCCUGUCAGUGAAAUGGUGGAAUCACCGACACUUCCAACAUCACACAAAACCAAACAUUUACCCAAAAGACCCAGAUAUUGAUGUGGGUCCACUUUUCCUGGUUGGAGAUUUGCAACCUAUCAAGGUAUGUUUAGAACUCCUGGCCAAAAGAAAACACAUUCUACUCAUUUAUUCAACAUAUUUUUUGUUAUUAUUGUUGUUUUCAGUUGGGCUUCCCCUCCUCAUGCCAGUAUAUUUCAACCUGCAAUCCAUGCAAGUGAUGUACCUCGGAAGAUAUUGGAAGGACAUCGUCUGGGUCAGCAGUUUUUACAUCCGCUAUUUCAUCACAUUUGGCCCUUUCUAUGGAAUCUUCGGAACAGUAUUGCUCAUAUAUUUGGUCAAGUUUCUUGAAAGUCCCUGGAUUGCAUGUGUUACACAGAUGAGCCACAUACCAAUGAAAAUGAGCAGAGAGGAGAACAGAGACUGGCUCAGUACUCAGGUCCUGGCAACCUGUAAUGUUGAACAGUCCUUUUUCAAUGACUGGUUCACUGGGCACCUGAACUUCCAAAUCGAGCACCAUCUGUUUCCCACUAUGCCCCGCCAUAAUUAUCAGAAGGUGGCACCUCUGGUGAGGUCCCUGUGUGCCAAGCAUGGAUUGCAGUAUGUGAAUAAACCCAUAUUGAAGGCAUUUGGAGAUAUUGUCAGGUCCUUGAAGAAAUCCGCAGCCCUCUGGAUGGAUGCAUACUAUGAAACAUGAUGCAGAUGCCAGCCUUGAUGUGCAUGUAAUUGCAUCUCUCAAGGAGGCUGGUGAAUGUGUAGGAACUUCCUGCUUACCUAUCAGUGCCAUUGGCAUACUGGAGUGUGCCAGGAGUGUGAACUCUAAGGAUACAUGAUAACUUUCCCUGAAGGUUUCCUCUGCAAAUAAGAAGCAGAGGGAACACAAGAUAGCUUUGACCAGAGUGUCAAAUGGGAAGUGCAGUCCAAUGUUAUUAUUUUUUCCAAAAGAUCUUUAACUUAGUC